AAUGUUGCUUUUAGCAUUACAAUGUGCGAUUUGCGAAUUUUUCCUUGCAGAAAAUGUUGAGGAAAUAAGAUCCUUUUCUUUUGAAAUCUUGGUUUAGUAUAAAGGGAUUUUUCCUACAAAUACAAAUCAAACUCUCGUUUUAUCGAAAUGUCAAAUUCAAAUUCUUUUGCAGCCUUAGUUUUUACAUAUUUAGUUUUAGUUCAGAACCUCACCAUGAUAUUUUGUGGCUGGUUUACUGUUGAAGAAAAAUUUGACAGUCCCAUAAUUUUGUGGUGGACACCAUUUACUGGAGAAACAGGAAACUUGAGGACAUGUGGAGAAAACACCUGUUACUUCACAGAAAAUCAAACUUAUUUGUCAAACCCCAAAACUAAGGUAGUCACUUUUUAUGGGAGCAGUUUCACUCAUCUCAACUUACCAAUACCUCGUCAGCCCUGGCAUGAUUGGGCUUUACUUCAUGAAGAAUCACCCAAAAAUAAUCCAUCAUUUUGCUACUCAGCUUUGAUCUCACUAUUCAACUACACAGCCACUUGGAGCAGAAAGUCUAGUUUUCCAUUGACAUUACUAAGUCUACCAAAACUUAGUGAUAUUACAGAUGGGGAAUAUUUCAUUCCCGUUGCCAAAAAGAACCUUAUUCGAGUGCAAGAGGGUCUUUCUCCCAUAGCGUAUGUUCAAUCCUCUUGUAACGCUCCCUCUGAGCGUGAUUUAUAUGUCGAAGAGCUUCAAAAAUUCAUUAAAAUCGACUCUUACGGAAAAUGUCUCAACAACAAACCUCUCCCACAACAUUUAGAAGACCCUGCAGACGGAAUGAAUAACGAGGACUUUUUCCAACUGAUGGCCAAGUACAAGUUUACCAUCGCCUUUGAAAAUGCGAUAGGUGACGACUACAUUACUGAAAAACUGUGGCGUCCGCUAAUAUUGGGAUCCGUACCCAUAUAUAUGGGAUCUCCAUCAUUCGAAGACUGGCUGCCUCACAGUAAUUCAGCUGUUUCAGUUCGGAAUUUCACAUCGCCCGAAUCUUUAGCAGAUUACCUCCACUCAUUAAAUGACGAUGACAUAGCAUACAGCCGCAUGCUUUCGCAUAAAUUACACGGAACUGUAGACAACAACGAUCUUAUCGUUGCUAUGGAGGGUCGAAGCUGGAGUGCAGGCCACGAAGAUGACUUUCAAAGCGAGAAUUUCGUUGAAGCCUUUGAAUGUUAUCUGUGUUCGGAAAUCCACCGUAAACAAUUAGAGGAGAAUGCUGGAUAUUCUACAAGACGGGAGUCUUCCGUCGACACUUCUCAUUACAACUGCUCCGCUCCGCUCCACCCCGUGACGCAGAAAAUCAAUUUCGAUAGCUGGUGGGUUGAACAUUGGAAUCACGCUGGUGCCGAAGCCAACAUCAUCGGACGUUUCGCCUUACGCAAUCUCAACUACACCUCGGAGGAAUUCCACAAGAUAAUAAACCGGUUGGUAAAAUCGAGUUGCAUAGAACCAAGGAAUGGCGGGCGAUCACAGGGCACUGGGCACCGUCCGAAGCAACAACAAUUCGGCAGUCAGUCGUCUACUCCCUUUGCCAGCAGCGAGACUCUGGGCGAGAAAGCAGCACACAUUCACGGCUCGCUCUAAAUUCUUUU